CUUCUUCUAUAGACGCACAUCAGAUCUAUUUCUCGAUUCAGAAAUGGAUUUUACCCUUCCGAAAAUUGCGCCCUGGGUCCACGGACUUCCUCUAAUGAGGCGCAAGAAUAAAGAUCCACAUUGGUCACUGGGGCAUCUGCACAUGCCCAGUCCACCACCAGCAAAACCUGCUGCCAAAAACACCGGCAGCAGGUUUCCUCCAAUCAAAGGGCUGGAGCCAAAAUGGAGCGGAGCCAAGGAGAACUCCUCCUUUAGAGAAGAGUUUACUUCAAAGCCCCUCCAUUUCCAGCCAACUCCUCCACCUGAGCCUCUGCCUGUCACUGCUACCCAACCAGUGGUGGUGAAUAAACCAACGGCCUACAAUUCACCAGGUAGCAGGAUACCAAUACUGGACAGGCGGAGGAAGCUGAGGCCAGUCCAAGCUGUGGUGCAGCCCAUUAAUAACAUGGCUGCCCACAGCGUGAUAAAGGACGAACCAGCACAGGUGGAGAGAGCAGUCAGGAAGAAGCCCAGUAACAUCAGGGCAGCUCCUCAGGCCGUUGGGAAAGGUCAGGUAGUGGUGCAGCCACUGUUGCUUCCAUCCCUGACCAGCGAAGAACCCCUCAACAGGCCUGAGGAAGCUCUCGGCCAGGCGCUAGGUCUGCUGCAGGAUGAGGAAUGGGAAAGGAAGACAGAGGGACUACGGCUUGUGCGAGCUCUGGCAGAACAUCACACUGAAGUGGUGCUGCCAGAGCUCCACUACAUUAGCGCAGCCGUAAUUGCGGAGGUGCAAAACCUCCGCUCUAUAGUCUCUCGGGACGCCAUUACCACCAUGGCUCACCUUUUCACUCACCUGCAGUGUGAUAUGGACAGUGAGGUAGAGGUCGCUGCUCGCACCCUCCUUCACAAGGCUGGAGAGACCAGCCUUUUUAUAAGGCAGGGUGCGGAGCUAGCCCUCAGCACCAUGGUGCUCUCCUGUUCACCUGGCCGAGUCCUGCAAGGACUGCUGGAUGGUGGAAUACGCCACAGAAACCCGGUCUGUAGGGCCGCCACUGCACUGAGCCUGGUGAGGCUCCUGCAGGUGGUCGGGGUUUCACGUGUGCUGACUGGCAGGAAGACGUUCGCGAGCAAAUUCAUUCCUGCCGUCAGCACACUGGCCUUUGAUGCAGCCCAGGAUGUCAGAACCCACGCCCGAGCCGCAUUGUGCCUUUUGGGCUGCCACAAGGAGGCUGAGAGGGCUGUAGAAAAAUAUGUACAGUUGAGAGACCAAUCAGAGAUUAAGAAAUUGCUUUGUAAAUAAUCAAUCAAUCAAUCAUUUUUUAAUCAUUGUCUGUAGUUGGGAUGAUAUUCAGUGUUCAGCUGUUCAGACUGGGUUUGGGGUCGAAUGCUCCGUUCUAGAGAAGCUUACAGACUCAGAGCUGUUCACAGUGGUGGUGACAGGAACCACAUCUGAAGAGGUGGAUAAGGCAGCGGCUCCACCUUCCUCUUGCCAGAGGCUCUUUCUGAGAGUCCUGGUAAGUGAGGUAACCCAGUUUCUGGGCAUCCUCUAGGGAGGUGGGGCGCUGCUUGGUGGGAAACGCACCGGCCCUGUGGCAUCAGGGCUUCCCAGUCAACCAGCUGGGAAUGUCCCGCCCCCAAACAAGCCCUGCAAAGCUUGUGAGGGGUUCGCCCAGGGCCGGCCGGCGUCCCCCAGCCACUCUCUUAGAGGCAGUCCACCCUUCAGAUGUAUGGGUCCCGUCUCCAUCACUGUGAUCAGUUCUGACUCUGUGGGCUUCUCUGGAACAAAGCAUUUCACCCCAAACCCACUCUGAACACCUGAACACUGAAUACAUCUCAACCAGACCAGCAAAAUAAAAAUCCUUAAAAAAAAUCACUGUCUCUGUCAUCAUUACAAA